AUGUGUGAUUGUGUUGCCCUGGAUUUAAUUUUGAAGCAACAGAUGAAAAGAGAAUUGUUGAGUGACGAUUUGAAACUAUGGCGGGUAGACCGUUUUCACAAAAUUUGGUCAAAAUCUGCGCUCUACCAUGUUCGUAAAACGAAAAUUGAAGUCAUCUCCAAGGCAUCUUGUUCACAUUGUCCAUUUACUUCUUCCACGGCCAAUUUUUUGAUUGUCUGAAAAAUAUCGGUCACCUGAACCGGUUGUGUCCGAACAGUGCACCUGAAACAAACAGUGCACCUGGCUGAACGGGGCACCUGAGCGAACGGUGCACCUGACACGUUUUGAACUGUGCACCUGGGCUAGACUUGGCUGCCGGGCUGGGCCGGCCCGGCCCGGGCCGGUGUUCGGGCCGGGCCGGGCCAAAGCAAAAUUGAAACGGGCCGGGCCGGGCCGACCUGUUCCGGCCCGCGGGCCGGGCCGCAACUUUCGGCCCGGGCCGGCCCGGCAAAAUUAAAAUUCUGAAUUUUAAAGCGAAAAGUUGGGUCGCCAAUAAAAUUAAAACGCAAAGCCAAGAAUGGGGUCUAUAUUUUUCAUACAGUAAGUAUAAUUUUAUAAAAAUAAAGCACGGAAGUACUCAAAAAUGGCUAAUAAUAAGUAAUUUUACUAGUAAAAUCUAUUAAGUACUAAUGUAGAUUAGUGUUUGCAGUAAUUUUUUGAACAAAAACUCAAAAUAAACGUAACCGACAUCCUUAAAAACACAAUUAAGAAGUUGUGUGAAGCAACGCUAUCAUAUUGAAGUUGAAAACCUUGUUAAACGUGGUUCCACCUUUGCUGAAUCUGUAAAAUUGAUCUUGGGGCAAUUUUUAACAGUCUGAAAACGGAUCUCGGGAAUUUUUUGAUUAAUUUUAAAAAGGCAAUGCGUUGGCAAGUAAUUUUUUGCUUCAAAAAUGUACUGUUAGUUGUUAUAGUAAAGAAAAAUAUGCCACAUCUAAUAGCGAAUUAAGGUUUUUUUACUUCUUCUCAAUUUUCGGGCCGGCCCGGGCCGGGCCGCGGGCUGGGCCGGGCCGGGCCGAAGAAAAAUUGAAACGGGCCGGGCCGACCUCUUCCGGCCCGCGGGCCGGGCCGUGAUUUUCGGCCCGGGCCGGCCCGAGAGCCAAGUCUAACCUGGGCGAACGUUGCACCUGGGCGAACAGUGCACCUGGGCGACAGUGCACCUUGAAAAAGAGAUUUUUCAUGAACAAUUGAACAAAUUGAAAUGUUUUCGCUUCGAGACAGGGAAAAAGGAUUUUUUUGGAAAAUUUUAAUAAAAUUUGAAAGGUUUUCGCUUCGGGACAGGGAAAAAGGAUUUUUUUUGGAAAAUUUUAAUAAAAUUUGAAAGGUUUUCGCUUCGGGACAGAGAAAAAGGAAUUUUUUGGGAAAUUUUUAAAAAAUUUGAAGGGUUUUCGCUUUGGGACAGAGAAAAGGGAUUUUUUUGGAUUUUUUUUUUAAAAUUUGAAAGGUUUUCGAAAAUUUUCCAAAAAAAUCCUUUUUCCCUGUCCCGAAGCGAAAACCUUUCAAAUUUUAUUAAAAUUUUCCAAAAAAAAUCCUUUUUCCCUGUCCCGAAGCGAAAACCUUUCCAAUAUUAUUAAAAUUUUCCAAAAAAAUCCUUUUUCCCUGUCCCGAAGCGAAAACCUUUCAAAUUUUAUUAAAAUUUUCCAAAAAAAUUCCUUUUUCCCUGUCCCGAAGCGAAAACCUUUCAAAUUUUAUUAAAAUUUUCCAAAAAAAAUCCUUUUUCCCUGUCCCGAAGCGAAAACCUUUCAAAUUUUUUAAAAAAAUUCCAAAAAAAAAUCUUUUUUCUCUGUCCCGAAGCGAAAACCUUUCAAAUUUUUUAAAAAUUUUCCAAAAAAAUCGUUUCUCCUUGUCCCGAAACGAAAACCUUUCAAAUUUUCUUCAAUAAUGCACAAAAAACUUUUUUUCAAGGUGCACUAUUCGCCUAGGUGCACUGUUCAAACAAGAAAAUGUCAGGUGCACCGUUCAGCCAGGUGCACAAUUCAGCCAGGUGCCCCGUUCAGCCAGGUGCACAAUUCGUCAGGUGCACCGUUCGGACCGAAUCACCUGAACCUAGUAUAAUAUAACAAAAUUUUGUCUUACAAAGUUUCUGGCCUUCUGAAAUGUGGAAGCAGUUUAAAAAACCUACCAAAAUUGAUGAAAGGGUUCUUCAUCUGAAUUCUUGGUUAUCAUUCUUGUUCCUAGAUCUUCCAUGUUGACAUGCUUUCUAUUCGGGAAGGUUCCGAUUUUUCAUCUAUCCACUUUUUACAGUUCUGGAAGAAAAAACUCACUAAAAGUACCUUACCUUGUUCCAUCCAAAGUAUAAAUACCCUUAUGCACCUUCUUUGACCAGCACUGCUCCGAAAAACUUAGAAUUUCUAAGUCUCGCCCAUGCGUUCAAAAAGCCAAAAGCGUCUUUGGCGCUCAACUGUUUUCUUUUCGGAGUCCUUAUUGGUAAUUAUAAGUAACUAAAAGUUCUUAUAAGCAAAUAAAAGUUCUUAUAAGUAAAUAAGGUUUUCUUAUAAGUAAAGCAAAAUAGGCUCCGCCUUUUUUUACUUAUAAGUGAAUUUUUGGGACCUAUAAGUAAAUAAAAGUUUUUACACAGGGGAUUCGGAUUUACUUAUAAAAACUUUUAUCUACUUAUAAGGCCUUGUAUUUGUUCGGAAUGGCAAUUAUCAGCAAUUUGCGCGGAGUUUUCCGUUUCUGUGACACUUCGUUCAAGGUUUUGGCGAAGUGUCACAAAAUUUAUUGGAAAAUGUAAAGGAAGGUUUUUUGAGGUAAAAUGAUGUUUCAAAUGGGUGUAAACUGAAUAGCUGUAAAGUUUUAGAGUUAAAUCAACAAUUUCUGAGCAGAAAUAUAAGAUAUUUUUACAUUUUUCUUUAUUUGUUCACCUCCUUUUCAUUAUUGUACUGGACCUCCAGGAGAAGUCAAAAAUUCGAAUGAUUCCUUAUUGUUUCUACUAUUAUUUUCAGUUAGAAACGUGUUCGAGGCGUUCAUUAUUCCUUUUAUUAUCCUUUCCCCUCCUUUCUUCGAUUUUUUAACUGCUUGUUCGCAAAUUUAUAUUCUAAUCCCGAGAAUUUAGUUGAUCCUCGUUUUGAAAGGAAAUGCCCUGGGUUACUUGGUUAAAACACGGGGCAAUAGGUUCUCGAGGUAAUUCGAGGCCUCUUGGUGCAGUAAAAUUUCUCUUUUCAGGUAUUUUCUUCGAUCGUUGCAUUCGAUUGCGCGGACAACUCCGACUGCUGGUUUCUUGAGGAUUGAAUUGGAAGUCGGUUUGGUCGGUCUCACUCACAGUGGAGUGAGUUUUUUGCAAUUAUUUCAUUGGUGUUUAGACUUUUUCUUCACGUUUCGGAUAUUGUACUUGAUAUCAGGUGUUGUCCAUGCAGUUUUUACUUCAAAACCGUUGAAGGUUUUCUGAAAAUUUCUUUUCAUUGGGUAUUGUGAAAAAUGUUUUAAUUCUUUGAUCUUUAGGUAAGAUGGAUCUGGGCGUAUACGUCAACAAGACACCUAAUGGUGAACUUACAUUGUACAGAUGUAACACAGCGCGCGAAAAAAACAUGAGAGCCGAGGGUGUCGAAGUUGGGCAAUGGAAAGUUUUCGAACUCGGUAAGGGCUAUGAUUGCGAAGUAGCCUGCAGACAUUCGGUCCGGACGAUGCCGAAUGGCGAUCAACGGUUGGAGGUGGGGGUUUUCAUUUUUUUUUUGAAUUUUAGACGAGGCAAGUGUAAUGUCAAAAACUUCAAUUGAAUUCCGGGUGUUUUCAGUUGGUCACGACCGCUGCGUAUAUACGUUUUUCCUUGUAUAGUGGAUUGCUGAAAGAAGAGUGUCAAAACUAUCUUUAUUCACCUUUGAUCGGAAAAAUCGCAAUUGGAUGUGGGUGUGGAAAGCUUGAACCAGGAACGUUGUAUGACAUCAAGGCGGUCUGGUGAGUUUUAUUUUGCCUUAUAGGUAUGUUUGAAGAUUUUAUCCGUUUUUGGAGACUCCUUGAAUUUUUUUGCCGUGGAUAAUAUAUUUUUUUUUUUACUUUUUAGGAUUCCACCUAACACAGCCUUAUUCCGUUGGCUUCGAACAGUCGAGUUGUGCCAUUUCGUCGUUCCAUCUGGAGGGAUUCGAAAAAUAUUGGUAGAUUUUUUUUUACAGGGUGGGGCAUCUUUGUGGCCCGAUUUGAAUUGGCUAUAACUUCUUUAGUUUUUGGCCAAAUUUUAAAAUUCUUUUUUUCCCUGAAUCGUCAGCCAACCCCAUUUUGUUUGAUACCAAAUAUGCUAUACAUAGUAAGUGUAUAUCUACAGUUAUUGGAUUUAUUCUUGGAGUUCAUUUUUUCGGUCGUUUUUCGGUUGUUUUUUCGGUCUUUCCCGGUGUGGCCGAAAAUGGAGUACGGUGUGGAAGAAAAAUACGGCGGAAUUUACCCUCCCGAAAAUCGACGAUGAGAAUAAGAACAAAAAGUGAAGAUCAACCUCCGGAGUUCGUCGAAUGGUCCUUGCUGAAGGCAUUCCCUCGGUUCUGGCCAAACUUCGUGUACUCAUAUGCGGAUUUUCUCGGAAUUUUGACAAAACUUCUUAAAUUUUCAGCUCCGUUCGUACUCAUCUUUCCUGCUUUUUUUGUUUACUGUUAACGCUGUCAGUCUCAAGGAACUUAUUCCACGAACGUCGAAUUGUCUUGCGAUCUGGAGGUUAGGCAUUACGUCCGUAUUUUAUGCGGUAUCCCCGUUUGAAAAUUUAUCGCCGAACCGUACUUGCUAUACCAAACCACAGACCAAGCUUUUUCUUCCGCACCGGACUCCAUUUUCGGACACACCGGGAAAGACCGAAAAAACAACCGAAAAACGACCGAAAAAAUGAACUCUAAGAAUAAAUCCAAUAACUGUAGAUAUACACUUACUAUGUAUAACAUAUUUGGUAUCAAACAAAAUGGGGUUGGCUGACGAUUCAGGGAAAAAAAGAAUUUUAAAAUUUGGCCAAAAACUAAAGAAGUUAUAAUCAAUUCAAAUCGGGCCACAAAGAUGCCCCACCCUGUACAUUAUCCAUGAUUUUUUUACGUUUAGAACCCGAAUGAUCAUUACUUCCUCCAAAACUUGCAUUACGAAGGAGUCAUGGCCACGGAAAUUUAUGAAACGACUAUCAGGGGGCACGCUGGAGUUGUUGAAGAUCCAAUUGUUGUGGAUUUGGAAGAUGAAAUAAAAGGAAUCGGCGAUGUUGUCCAUGUGAAUUUACUGUAUGUAGAAAUCGAAACCGGGCGCAAAAAAUUUCAGACCACUAAAAGUCCAACCAGGCAAGGUCUUGUUGUACGGAAAACAGGAUCGCAGAUUGAAGAGGGAACGCCACGAGCCACUGAAUGGAACGGGAAUCAUCAAAGUCCUGAAUGGACCCACAUUGAAACCUCCAGCCGAAAAACCGAAGCCAUGGUAUAAAAAGGAUCGAUUCACCUAUAAUAAGCCAACCGAGUCGGGUGACAUAGGACUCAGAACGCGGAUGUUGGGUAGGGGGUUUGAAAAAAAUAAAAAAAAUUGUGAAAAAUGCAUGGAAAUAAGUCAAGAGUCAGAACCAAAAACUUGGGGAAAAGGUUCAACUUCGACAAUUUUUCGUACAAAAAAUCUCGAUAAUUUCUGCAAACACGAACCAAAGAAUCUAAAAUAUGUCUUCCAAAUCUCCAUUAUGCAUUUUUGGCUUCAUGGAAACUCUACAGAGUGAAAUUGGACAGCGUGAAAAUCGGCCGAAGGAAAUUUGACGGAGUAUGGAACUUGAACAGCGGGGAACGCGACAGAGGGAAACUCGACAGAUUUUUUUCACUGCAAUGAUAAGAACUGUCACUAUUGAAUCUUUUUAUUAUCAAAGAAUUAUUUUUUGCAGUGAAACUAUCUCUCGAGCUUCCCUCUGUCGAGUUUCCCCCUGUCCAAUUUCCAUACUCUGUCGAAUUUCCUUCUGUCGAGUUUCACUCUGUCCUAUUUCACUCCGUCGAGUUUCCAUGAAGCCAAAAAUGCAGUGGAGAUUUGUAAGACACAUUUUAGACCUUUCGGUUCGCGUUUUGAAGAAAUCAUAGAGAUUUUUUGUACGAAAAAUUUUCGAAGUUGAACUUUUUCCCAAGUUUUUGGUUCUAACUCUUGAGUUGUCUAAUUUAAGCCUAUUACAACGAAUUGCGAGAGCCCCUGUUGGCCAAACCUGAACAGCGCGCCUUAUUUUGCAACGGCUUCGCCCAAACCAAAGAGAUCAUUGCACUUGUCGUUUGUUAUAAGGAGGACACGCAAGAAGCGAAAGUUUACAACCCGGAACUACUCCACGAAGUAUACCUGGUCGACGUACAUGUGCCCAUAGAACUGGCGAUAUGGGUCAAAUGCUUAGUCCCAUUGCAGUAAGUUAGGAAAUUUUUUUUUUUUUUUUUUUUUGAAAUUUACUUCUAAUAAUGGGCGUUAUUUUUAGUGGCGCGGCGUUGAGAGCCAAGUUCGUUGCGCGAGUGGAUCAGACCCAAGUGCCAUUCCUUGCAACACCCGUGAAUUUUCAUAAACAAUGCGCAGUAAGUGGAGGAGAAGACUUGGGCGCGUUUGACAUAAGAAAUGUUCGAAGUAUGCGCUCAGGUUUAGUAAAAAAUUUCCCAAUUUGUUAAGGAAUUUUUUUUUGCAAAAGGGAAAGUCGAAAGAUUUCAACGAUUUUGUUGGUAAGAGAGAACGUGAAGUGAGGAGAGCGGUCAGAGUUAAAUUGCUGAAAAUUUUAGCUCGCGGUUUGCAGGGACAGUCAAUAUUCAACAAUAUUUGCCUCCAACAGAGUGCGUGAAGUGCGAAGAACAGAAAAAAUCCUGUUUUCUAUUGUCGAAUAUCUCGGCUGUCCCUGCAAACCGCGAGAGAAAAUUUUUAGGAAUUUAACUCUGGCCGCUUUCCGCACUUCACGUACUUCACGCACAAUAACAAGAGUGCAAACGGAUGAGCGCCGCACUUCGAACAUUUCCCUUAUAAGUAAUUGUACAACAUUUUCUAAACUUUGUCCUAUUUUUAGGUCGUAGUCCAGCUCUAUGUCCCAAUGAACUUUGAUCAGAAGACGAAUUGCCUGGUCGAAACGUCGUUUGUUCCGCGGGCCAUUGCAAGAGACAUUGACAACUCGAGGCGAGGACAAACCUUCUUUGGGACGAUUAUUCGAGUGAAAUCAUGCCAGCGGGGAAUGUAUCCUCAUGUUGCGUGGGGCGUGCCAAGAGGUAAUGAAGACGCUUACUUGGGACAACAAGAAAUUAAAGAAUAUCCUGAGAUUUAUGCUCGAAAUUUGAAAUUACCCGAGAAUUAUUAUUACAAUGAGCAUAGGUAUCCCGGCUGGGCAUAUUAGGCUCGCCGGAUGUCUAAUUUUUUUCACAUAACGCUAUUUUUUACCCCAUUAAUACAGAGCGGGACUGGCUCCAGUGGUCAAAAGCGCUUCCGAUUUCAUCCAGGAAGCAUUCCAAAUACCGCCAAAUACCUCCCUCUGACCGAAAGCGUUAUUUUUGGUCAGAGAGGGAGGUAUUUGGCGGUAUUUGGAUGUUCCUGGUGGAUGCAAUCUGAACCGCUUUUGACCCCUAGAUUCUGUGCACUGUGUCUUUGUACUUCGUUGUACCUAUUUAUAUCCUAACCUUUCUUUUAUAUAUAAUAUUUUUUUAUAAUCCCUUCUACAAUAACUUAAUUUUUUCUAGAGAUUGAUCCGGAAAAUGAGUAG